AUGGAGGAGACUCGUAAAAGAAAACAAAACGAGACUGAAUUCCCGAAAUCUCUUGAAAUAAUGGUCAAAUCUUCAAAAAAUCCUGACUAUAUUAUUUGGAACUUAUCCUAUAUUGAUGAGUUAAUUCUAAAGAUUCGAAAUUCAACAUAUAAUCCAUUAUUAUUCCCAACUCUUGAGAAACUAUUGGUAGCUCCGAGCACUCUAAAAUUGACAUCUGGAUACAAGGUAAGAGUUUUUGAAAGAUUUUUUUUACGUCACACUGAAAUUUCAGCCAAUGCCUGGUUGGCCAUUGACACCGCAAGGACUUGCCGAGAAUCAACAGAAACUAAAUAAUGCUAUUAUAAAAUCUUCACAUCAAACUGAUUUGGAUCAAUCUAUAAACACGUGGGUUUUCCUAAUUCUAAAUUUUGAGCAGUUUUUUCAAAACUUUUUUCAUAAAAACAGAAAACAAUGGCAUACCUUCGACAUAAUGUUAUCAAUCGAAUAUUUGAAGACUUUUCAAUUUUAUCAACUUUUGACAUUCAAUGAUCAAAUUGUUUUGGCCAAACAUGUUACAGUAAUUAUUCAAUCAAUGACUUUUGCAUUCACAUCUUUUCAAUAUAACGCAGAUUGUUUCAAAACUCCUGAUGGAUGUUUCGUCGACAUUCGAAAUACGUAAGUUCUCCGAAUACUAAUUUCUAGGAUCUUAAUCAAUUUUUGCAGAAUGAAUCUUUUUGAUUUCAUCACUGGAGGAGAAAUGAAGUGAGUUUUGAAAAAAAAAUAUUCUAAAUUGAUAUAGAAAUUCAGAAAAAACAACACAAUUCUUCGAAAUCAUCUGAAAUCGUCUCAAAAUGUCAUGGGAUUUCUGAUUCGCGAAAAACUCACAAAUACCGAAUAUAUUCUACUGAAAGCAAUUGCAAUUUGUGAUCCAAUAUUUGAAUUAUCAGAAGAAGGACGGAAAAUUGUUUGGGAAACUCGUCAAACAUUUUCAAAAACAUUAUUCAAAUAUUGCGAAACUGAAUAUGGAAAAAGAAAUGGUCCUUCAAGAUUCGCAACACUUUUGAGUUAUAUCAAUUUGAUUAUUUAUCACCAAAAAAGUUUGCAAAAAUUCUUGACAAUUUUGAAAACGCAUUUCGUUUUCAAAAUGCCACAAGCAAUGUUUUCUUUGGAAGAUUCUGUUUUGAAUAUUAACAAUUAA